CCAGCGGAGGCCGCAGCAGGUGAGCGGCGAUGUGCGGCGGCCGCACACGGUUCGGCCCCCGAUACAGUCGUGGAGGGAGUGCGAAAUCACGCUGACGCUGUGAGUGGCGCGCAUCACGUCGUCGUGCUUGAAGCCGCUCGAACGUGCCGAUCGAACGUGUCAACGAGGACGCGAGUGAACAUCGGGUAAAUUAAAAAAAAGAACCACGAAAGAAAAGUUGUUAUAAGAAGUUGUUAGAAGAAGGUGAGAGUUGCCCUAAAGAUCUUCCAAGGGGGUUGAAGAAAAAAAAAAGAAUCGAUAGUGCGAAAAGAAACUUGGAUAGCGUGAAAAAAAUAGAACAAACAAAUGAAGAAAUCAGUGCGGAGGUAAGAGAGGCGAAGUGAAAAAGUAUGGGUUAAUAGAAGAAGAAAGAGGAUUAAAAACGUGUUCGAGAGAAAGAGAACAAGUGAUAACGCGCGUAAAUCUUUGAAUAUAUUGCGAACAGAUCGACGAUGUGAUCCGGAGAACUGCUACGCGACUUGCCGAACGUACGAUCGAUCAAGGAUCUUCAGGAACCGGAGAGCUUCUGAAAAAUAAUCCAGUGGUCCAGCGCAGCCUCCUCCGGCGCCGUAUGCUUCUCGCGCGUCGCGGACUCGCCGUAUCCGAUCAGUGCUCGCGCGCGAUCCGUCCGAACAACUCCCGGUUCAUCUCUCUCCUUCUCUCUCGUCAUCUCCCGGAAAUUCGUCGCGGACGAGGAGGAUGCACGGAUAUCGCGUGCGGGAUAAUUCGCGACGUCCGACUUCCGGACUUGAUUAGACAUCUCUGAAGAGAGAUCCGUUGGAUCAGUGUGUCGUUUUUCGGAACAGUGCGGGUGGAUGUACACCGACGACGCACCUUGGUGAUCGGAGUUGCUAUGAUCGUGCCGCGUCACGUGGAACGAUCAUGAUUUACUUUAGGCCGCACGACGGGAGGAGUCUACGGUACAACGUGAACGCGAGACACUUGAACGUGCUCGUCGUACCACUCUUUCCGCUCUGGAUUAUCGGCGCAUUCUGCGUGAAGGACAUACCCAUAUCACACAUCGUGGCACUAGUCGGAGAUUCCGCCUAUCUUCCCUGCGACAUAUCAACCACUCACGAGGGAGACUCUGUGCAUCUUGUGCUCUGGUAUCGCGAGGAUCUCGGUACAUCAGUUUACAGCAUCGAUGCUAGAAACCGAGAAUUCGGCAUCGCCGAAAGAUGGUCGGACGAUACUGUGUUCUCGCAUCGUGCGUACUUCAUGUUGGACAAAAAACCAGCGCAAUUGGGCAUCGAAAACACCAGGGAGGAAGACGCCGGUAUCUACAGAUGCCGUGUCGAUUUUCAAAUCGGCCAGACGAGAAACUCCAAAGUCAAUUUAACAGUAAUCGUGCCGCCGCACGUGAUCGCGAUCGCCGACGAGAACGGAGCCACGAGGUCCUCGACGGUCGGGCCGUAUUUGGAGGGCGACAAUCUACGACUCUCCUGCGACGUCCAUGGCGGUAAGCCGGCCCCGACGGUGUCCUGGUAUCGCAACGACAAAUUCGUCAGCAACCGGACUACGGCACUGCGCAACGGGGUGACACGCAGCGAGAUCGUUAUACAAAAUUUGAACCGGGACGACGUCCACACGGUGCUGACUUGCAACGCCACGAAUAACAAUAGGUCGAUCCCGCUGUCGUCGUCGGUUCGCGUGGACAUGAAUUUCAGCCCGCUGGAAGUGAAGAUAACUGGUGCGAACCAGCCGCUGUCGGCGGGUAAGAAGUACGAUUUGGUCUGCACAACUUCCGGUUCCAGGCCACCGGCCGGCAUCACCUGGUGGAGAAAUGGUCAGCGUUUAGUGAAUUCCAAGGAGAAUACUUCCGCCGAUGGGAACACGACCACCAGCGUUUUAUCUUUCAUGGCGACGAAAGCAGACGCCGGUAGACACUUGUCGUGUCAAGCUGAAAAUCGAAUCAUGGGAACCGCGCCGAUAGAGGACGGCUGGAUACUCCAGAUACAAUACACUCCGGAGACGCAGAUCCAGCUCGGCACAUCGCUGAAUCCCAACGCCAUACGCGAGGGCACGGACGUAUAUUUCGACUGCCUUAUACAGGCCGAACCGGUGGUUUAUAAGGUGGAAUGGCGGCAUCAGAGCAAGGCACUCCAUCACAACAUCACUCAGGGUAUUAUAAUCAGCAACCAGAGCUUGGUGCUGCAGGGGGUCGAUCGCAAAAGCGCCGGCAAUUACACGUGCGUAGGAUAUAAUACCGAGGGCGACGGCGAGAGCUCGCCCUUUUAUCUCAACGUCAUGUUCGCUCCCACGUGCAAGCCGAAUCAGACCAAGGUCCAUGGCGUGGCGAAACAGGAGAAGGCGAAUAUAUCCUGUCAAGUGGAUGCAAAUCCGCCGGAAGUGCAAUUCAAAUGGACCUUCAAUAACUCCGCCGAGAGUAUCGACGUUUCGGCCGGUCACAUCGCGCGAGCCGGCACAUCUUCCAUCGUCUCAUACACACCAAUGACAGAACUAGAUUACGGCACGCUACUUUGUUGGGCCAGCAAUCACAUCGGCCAACAACAAGUACCCUGCGUCUAUCACAUUAUUCCAGCCGGCCGGCCGGACAUGGUCCACAACUGCACGACCUCGAACACAUCGACCAAUUCAUUCUCCGUGCGAUGCGCAGAGGGCUUCAACGGCGGUCUGCCGCAAUCCUUCCUGCUGGAGGUGCGCGAGAGCAAUAGCCAGGAAUUGCGUGCCAAUCUGACGUCGCAGACGCCGCGUUUCAGCGUCAGUCACCUGGAAGCGGGUGCCCUUUAUCAAGCCUGCAUUUAUGCCUACAACGACAAAGGCCGUAGCGAGGCGAUGGUGGUGCAGGCCGGCACUCUGAGGCUACCGGAGAAACAAUUGACAUCUGAAUCGGAACGACCAAGGCAGAACAUUCGGCUGACCCCGAUGUUGAGCGUGAUGAUUGGCGUGGUGACGGCCCUCAUCAUCGUUGCGGUCAUCGUAAUGAUCGUCUUACGGGUCCAGCAUACGCACGUGGAGGAGCAAAACAAAUCGCAGAUGGAGGAUCACGCGAAACAGACUAAGGCCGUCCCUAUACAAAGGGAGCUACGAUUCCGAGAGGGAUGCAGUCUGCUCGCGGAUGAGAAGCAUCCCAGUAGUCCGUUCAGGAAGCUCGACACCAGCGGUGACCUCAGCGAGAGCGAUGAGAAGAAUCCGGAUAUCAUUCCGCAGCAAAUCACUGGCGACGAACCAUCAGAAUAUUUGAGGAAGAGACGUCUGGUAUCAACUAUCGAGACGUCGCCAUCGAGGAGUCUUUUGGAACACUCGACGGUGACUUCCAUCAGCGGCCACAGCAGUUACGUCGGUUACUGCACGAUCCGCAAUGGCAUGCCGCUCCACGAGUUCUCAAACUUGUCGACGAAGCACAAAAGCUUUCAGCCGCUGGUGGGUGACGUCUACGAGAGCGGUGUUUGCACCCUGCCGAGACAACACUGGCCCAGUCAGAGCGUACAAUCGAUGUCGAUGACGAUGAGUCCUCCGAUGCUGUACGCCGGUCUGGGUGUCGUCACCAGGACCUGCCCGAGCGGCAAUGCGCUCCUAACGAAGGAUUGUGAGACGCGGAUGCUCGGUCAGUGCUGUCCAUCGGCCCAGUCGCAAAAGGACGCGACGAUAGGCACGCCAGUAGUAAUGGCCAAGAGGGAGAGCUCCGUGUGACCCUACACCCACCACGGGGCCUGCACCUGCAGCGUGAGCGAAUUGCUGUGAAUCGCGCGUUGUUUGUCAAUAAUGAGAUAGCUGUGAGUCCCGAACGACACAAGAACAUCUGAAGAAUGUUUAUAGUAUGUCUUUAGAAUAUCUUGUAAGAUUAAAACGUCUUUGAAGGACUAAGAAAGAAUGAUUCUUAGACUCCUAAAGAAGCGUUUGAGACAAUUAAGAUGUCUAUUAUUAUCUAGAGCCGAAAAUUAAGUCUGAAAAAGAUCUUUGGAAGAUUCAUAAAGAAUGUCCUUUAAAAUGGGACUUUUUCAAACGCUUGUGCUGUUCGGGACACUUCGGGUGUGCGAGCCGGUUCGAGUUCGACGGGUUUACGUUUCCAUUCCGACAAAGUGUCACGAAUUUGCGCCUCUCUGUUGAAUCAAGUGCCCUUUUUAAACCGAAGAAUGACGAACCGGCAGCUCUGCCGGCUUUUCUCAUCUCGUGCGUAGCUUCGUGACCGAGCCCCGGUGGAACCUCGACGAGCUUCUGCGGUGUGGUAGAGUGAGUUUACAAUGUGUACACGUGCGAGCGAGAGAGAAAAGUUCGCCGUGCACACACUCUUGUAUAUAUACCUCGAAACGCGGAAGAUAUUUUGUACGAGUCGCGUAUAUUAAUGGUUCAUUCCCACUUUUACUAUGAACACAACAUUGUACAAUUUGUCUAGUCGAUGUAAGUAUAAAUAUGUAUAUGCGUUAAGUCGUCGUGGAGGCGCUAGACCAGAAUAACGUACACUGAGAGGGAUGAACAUCAUUAUGUCGUCGCGUAAUUAUUUAUGACGUUGACAAUACGGAAAUAGAGAAUCGGAAGGAGUUGUCAGAGACAUAUCGUUUGUAUCUCCACCGGUGGGAAUCGAGUCGGGUGAAAUGAUAUGAAUGUACGAAAAUCAGUAGCGGAGCGACAAGACGAAAAGAGAAAAAUGAAUGGAUGAAUAUCCCCAUCGCGCGGUUUCGUCUCAGUUUGCAAUAUUCUGGAUUCCACCGUAAGAUCAAGUAUCUCUUGUACAAUGUAUAAAGUAAACGACUUCCUUCGAAGUAAAUGUAUUGAGUAUGAUGAACGUUGUUUUUCAAAGUCUUGAAUCUUAUUCUAUAGAAAGAGAAACGCCUUCUGGAUUAUACGAAGGCGUUCUUCUGUAACAUGUGGUACGUAAUCGCGAUAGCACUUCUAACUUACUGCCUGUUUCGACGCUUGUGAAUCUUGUUGGUACUUCGUUCGGCAGAGGUUACCGCUCUUAGCCUCUUUGUAUUAUAUAGCUUUAAAAAAAGAAGAAAAAAAGGUCGCCAAAAAGGGGGCCUCGUCAUAUCCUCCGUACAGGGAUACUCUCGUCGUCGAUUGAAGUGGCUCAAGGCGCAUUCCGCCACCAAUCCGCGAAAGAUAAAACGAUGAAAAUUGUAUCUUAAUAUCGAGAGCAGUCGACUGCUGGACGGUGCGUUUAAUAAGCUAUUUUACGCGAGACGUGUGCGCGUAGAAGAAUCUCCUUUUUGCGAGAAGUGAUAACCCGUAUUUUGCUUCGAUCUAUACAGAUUGAUUUUUGCGUACAGGUUUACGCUUCCUCGAUUGAUGCGACGAUCCUGCUGCGACUGCAAGGAUUCACGUGAGGAAUAGAAUGUAUUUUAUUCGAUAUGGCUGUGUGCGUAAUGUGAGAGAGAAAGAAUGAAAAAAUCUUUCUAAUAAUCUUUUGAUGUUCACUAUAUUUAAAUAAGAUCGAUGCUAGUAUAUAUGUAUAUCGUUCUAGAAUUCGACAAUGUAAUCUAAUGUAAAAUUGAUCUAUCGACGGGAUGAUUGCUAUAUUGCAUAUUUUUUUCUGGCAUUAUAGCGUAAGGCAUUCCAGAAAAAUAGGGGAAAAAUUUUUAGAUAAAAUUGUUCUUAAUUACAUUUCGAGAGUGCAAAAAUUUAUUUUUUAUUAUGUUGAAAAAUUAUUCUUUAUUCUGUAAUUUUUUUUGUAAUUUCAAUUAUUCAAUAUUAAAUCACUUUGUCUCUCUGUUCGUAAAAUUAGCUUUCACAUUUUUAUUACAAUUCAAUUUUGAUGCAGCAAUAUUACAAAUGAAGUCAAAGUUGAAGUAGCUUUGUAUUUGUCUAUCAGAUCGAAACUUUACAACAAUUGACCAUAAAUGGAAUGUAGGUUGUGACUAUUUGCAGUCGCGUCGUCGUGUUGCAGUCUAUUGUAUGUGCAUACAAAUAACUAUGCAAAAGAGAAGGUCCUACAUGAAUUAAGCAUAUGCAUUCAUUUGCUUUUCCAAAGGAACGGACGAUAAUCGGAGAUACUUUAAAUUAUUUGAUUGUAAGAAAAAUAAUGCUUUCGAGAAAAUUAUAAGGUCUCGAGAAGUUCGAAGUGAAUGUUGUUUUCUCGAUCACUUAGACGUUACGUUACGUCAUUUCCGAGAGAUCAUUGAAAGUGAGACAAAUCGUUGAUUACUAUUAUUAUUAUUAUUAUAUUAUUAUUAUUGCCAUUAAUGGAAUUGAUGUCGGAAUAUUGAAUGUACAUUAUCGAAGAGAAUUUUAGUAAUCGUUGAAACGCGCAGCCCACAUUACACAUUCACCCCUGUUCCCUCGCUCCCUCUCCCUCUCCCUUGUUAUAACUUUUGCACACAUAAUAAUUGUAAUCGUAUGCAGUAAAAAAAAGCGCUGCAACAAAGAGAGUUUAUGAUGAGAGAAAAAAAGUCACGAAAACGAAUCGUACAAUAAAACCUGGAUUCAACUGCCAAAGUUUCUACUCUUUAUUCGUGUGUGUCUGUGUGUGCGUGCGUGUGUGUAAUCAGUAUACUAUAAUAGCACCGCACUAUAUUAUAAAAUCAUGUGAACUUUAUAAUAUUAGUAGCAAUUUUUUUCUAACAGAAGAUAUAACAUAUAUCUUUCAAAGUAUUCAUUAAUUUAAUUUAAUUAUAUUUCACGUAGAAAAAAAAUAAUUUAUCAUUAUUUCUCACACCUUGUUGACUUUCAGAGCACGUUUAUUUUUCGCUGUUCAGAUGAUAUGAAAUCUUUCGAUGACCAUGUUCGUCGAACACGUCGCGUGGCAUGAUAUCGCAAGGCGGUGGCCAUACAUUAUUAUCUGUAAAAUGAUCAAACGACAUUUGUCAGACAGCACUGAAAGAUGCAGAUGCACGUCGAGAUAUCUCUCGAUCACACAUAAAUCACGAAGAUAAUUUUAACGAUAGUUUGUCUGACGCGUGCCGCUCGCCCUCGGCCUCAUUUCCGCGUGUGUGUAACUAAAAUAUCGAUUGAAAAUAAAAAAAUACAAGGGAAUAUCGUUUUCUUUAGAAUAAGAAUGCGUUGCAUACAUGCACGUUACAUUAACUGCUUGUAUGUCAUAAUAACGAGACCGGAUCUGACCAGCCGCCGUUUGUGCGAGACAACACAUUGAAAAUUUGUAUAUGUACUUAGUUAGGACUGUCUCCGACACACACGAGUCUCAUGUACCCCUAUACCAGAGAAUGUUUUUUUGAUAUUGUAAAUAUUCUGAAAUAAAUAAUCGUUUUUAUUCAAACGA